GCCGAGUGUCAAUUCUCAUCGACAACAUUACAUAAUCGAGAUCAUUACAUAAUCUGACGGUUUUCGAUAAGAUGUGAUAAGAUAUCGAGCUUGCACAACAAACAAACGCCCCUUGGCUAACAAGAGGCUUGAUACAACUGGGGAGCUCUUUAAACCAUGCAGUUAGACUAGCUUUCUUGCGUUGAAAAAAGUCUCUGGUGUCGCCGCAUGGGCUUCAAGCAAAAGCAAUCUCAAUCUACCAAAACCGAGCAAGUCUAGAGAACUUCGUUGUUUGUACCUGUUCUGUUCUCUCACUUAUUCAAUCGCGCACUAAUCCUGUCGAGGAUUCAAUGCUUGUCGCAACUGGCUCGCCCGGCCUCUACACGUGUAAGCCAAGUCUCAAGAUAAGCGAUGGUCAUUGGCCAGAUCAUGCUGCACUGAUAUAUGAGGGGGGACCAGGCUGAAAUCCAGGCACCACCAUCAUCGCAUCGCGAAUACAAUAUCUCACCACCAUCGCUCUUCCAGCCAGUUCCUUCAGUAACAUUCGCGGGAGCCGGCAGGACGCUUCCAGUCUCGCACAAUGAGCAUCCUUCCUGGGACAACAACGCAGCCCUGGACCUCGUUCGACGUUGCCGCCAACUGCUCCCUGACCGGCAACUACUUCGCCUGGGUCGUAACGCAGGACAGCGAGCCUCCGUUCCCCGAGGUCGCCAAAUUUUGGCGCAUGACGGUGGGACUGGAUGGCGCCCAGAACCUGUCCGACGCCGAGGUCAUCGAGUGGCACGAGUGGGCGCGUUCCAACAGGUCCGACCUGGUCUACCAGGUGAAUAUCCUCGACGCCUGCCGAAGUGAGCUUUGCCGAUCCAUCGGCUCCGAGAUCGACGGGAGCAUCGCCGGCUUUGGGGUCCUCGCAUCCUACGGCCUGGGAGCCGUCUUGUUGACCCUCUACGGUGAUUUUGCCCUUCGCGGCCUCCUCAAACGCCGCAAACCCCCGACGGCUCUGUCCGAGAAGCCUCACACGGCUCCGUCAGACGGCACACCCGGUUUUCUCCGACGUAUCGACGAGGCCUUGCGAUGCACGACCUACGAUCUCUUCACCGCGGCUGCCUUCCUCUCCCUCGGGGUCCAGGCCACCGUGAUAUAUAGCCAGAUCGCACCCGCCGUCCACCGCUACAACUCGUCCCUCCAGCUCAUUGUCUCCGCCCUGGCAUUCUACCCGCUCGCCGCAAUGCUCCCACUGGUCCUCGCCUCCGGCCGCCGCAGCCUGCUGAAGGACACCAUCCUCGUCGCCCUGUUCGUCGUUCACACGGCGGCGUGGGUCCUCUGCGCCAACAGCGCCCAGGAUGACUACUACCACAAUGAGAUGCCCAUGCACCUCUGCCCGCAAAACCAUCCUCCGCAGGCCGUGGUCUCGGCGGCCAUGUUCACCAUGGCCGCCAUGGUGUGGAUGCCGCCCCUCUUCGGCAUCUGCCUGAGCGUCGUGCUCUGCCUCUACCGGUGCAACAGCCGCGUCAUGUGGCAGGCCAAGUGGCUCGACAAGGUCGCCCAGGGAGCCGUGAUUCUUUACGCGGCUGCGAACUUCAUCUGCAUGUGGGGCGCCUGGACUGCUCUCGUUGUCUUCAUCAAGGGCGCACCGCGGAGGGCCGAGGAUGUUUGGAACCUUGGUCAGGCUCUGGCCCUCACUCCUUGGAUACCGGUUCUGGUGGAGGUUGUGUCCAUUCUAUGCGGCAAGUCUUACAUACCGGGUACCGAGGCGAGCGUUGCCGGCCGCCUGCCCCUUGGUUUUGACGUGGUGCGGCAGGAGAAGGUUCUUCACCAGCAGGAAGAUACUGCGUUCCUGGACGAUUCUCCUGUCCAUUGA